CUUUAGUUUGAGAAAGAAUAGACUCUGUAAGGGAGCGAUCUAAAUUAUUUAUCAUCUUUUUCUUGUGCAAUUAAAAUGUAUUGAUGGGGAACUAAUAGUUAGACCAAUUACAAUAAAUAUAUGCUUUCUCAAUUUUACAGCAUGAUAAGGCCUAAUUUAUAAGCAGAGAAUUCUUUUUUUAAUAAAAAGACUGAGUAAUUCUAUAAUAUCUUCCUAGUCAUUAAGGAAUUUUACAUCACUAUAAAGUAAGUAAUUAUAUGAAUCCUAUUAUGGAUUCAGUAUGUUUUACUAAUAAUCAUGGGGCUGCUACUCAAAAAAUCAAGAAGAUUUUAAUUAAAUGACCUAUAUACUUUGGUAAGAUUAUUAUUAAUGUUAUCCUGCUCAAAAACUUCCUUCUUACCUUCAGCCAUAUUUUAGACUAUCAUUAAU